AUGGUCCUAACUGCUUUGCCUCCUCCUGCAUCUUUUCAGACUGCAAUCUACGAACAUAUGACGUCUCCGAAUAAUCUCAGGCGGAUCUUUGUCUGUCAGAUUGAUUACAGGGUCCUGGAUCAACCGCGAGCCUUGCCCUGUGGUCAUGUCUUCUGCUGCAGAUGUCUCCGAGACAUUACAGUAGAGCUAGGAGGCCAAAAAACUGUGAAGUGUAUCUUCUGCGACAAAGUUUUCCCGGUAGACAACCAAGAAAGCUGCAUGUCAAUCGCGUAUGAGUACAAGGCAUUUGUAGACUUGUUGGAGGCAGGUGAGCUCUCUGGGAGCGUAGCCAAUGUGCAAAGUGAGUUUGCUGACAAAGAGGAGGGUUGCAUAAAUGCUUAUUUUUUCUAUUCAAUGACAACUGACCUUAUUCUUUCGCCGACACCAGGACAACUCGUAGCUGUUGCUUACGAUCGGUGUGCCAAUGACAACGGCAACAUCGAAGGCACAAACAUAAUCUGCCCCGUCUGCCGCCACACGACGCCCCUAUCCGGUGAUUGUCGCCUCGCAGACUUGCCACGGGCGCUGGAUAUCGAUCGCCUGCUUGAGCACCUCCUUCCCGUUAUCGCCGCCUCGAGUGGUGUCGACACCAGCUUAGUGAAAACCGUCACAAAGCCAAACAAGGCACUGCAAAGCAUGCAGGAG